AUGAGCUCUUUCGGUUCUCCCGGACUGCGUCCGCCAACAAAGCCCAACCCACCGCAACGAGGAAGUUUCCCUCUCGACCAUGAUGGUGAAUGUCGUGAUAUCAUGAAAGAUUACUUGGCCUGUAUCAAAAAAGUGCGCGGUGUCAACGAGGAUGAAUGCCGUGGCCUGGCCAAGUCAUAUCUUUCGUGCAGAAUGGAUCGAAACUUGAUGGCAAAGGACGAAUUCAAAAAUUUGGGCUUCCAGGAUGCGCCCAAGGCCAAUGGCAGCCAACAGAAGCUGGCAAAAGCCGAUCAGGCCGGCGAUAGUCGAACUGGCUCCAGCUGA